UGGUGUGCCUUCAGCAUGGAUGCUUUUCAAGGGAUUUUAAAAUUCUUCUUCAACCAGAAAACUGUAAUUGGCUACAGCUUCAUGGCUCUGCUGACCCUGGGGAGUGAGCGUCUCUUUUCGCUGGUGGCUUUUAAGUGUCCCUGCAGCACUGAGAACGUGAUCUAUGGGCUGGUUUUCCUGUUUGCUCCUGCUUGGGUGUUGCUGAUUCUGGGAUUCUUUCUGAACAGCAAGUUUUGGAGGCUCUUCACAGGCUGCUGUGUGAAUCCCAGGAAAAUCUUCGCCAAAGGCCACAGUUGCCGCUUUGUCUAUGUCCUCGGCCAGAUCACUCUGAGUUCACUGGUGGCUCCGACGAUGUGGCUUUCUGUGGCUCUGCUCAACGGGACGUUUUAUGAAUGUGCCAUGAGCGGGACCAAAAGUUCCAGACUCCUGGGACUGAUUUGCAAGGGCAAACCCCAAGAGUGCUGGGAUGAACUUCCCAAAGUCUCUUGUGGCAAAACCAGCAUGACACCCGCGGACAACGAAGAAGUGAAGCUGUCCCUUCAAGCCCAGUCGCAGAUUCUAGGUUGGUUCAUCAUUUGUUCGGCAUCUUUCUUCUCUCUGCUCACCACUUGUUGUGCUCGCUGCCGAUCUAAAGUUAGCUACCUUCAGCUGAGUUUUUGGAAGACGUAUACACAAAAGGAGAAGGAGCAGUUGGAAAAUACAUUCCUGGAGUACGCCAACAAGCUGAGUGAGAGAAACGUGAAAUGCUUUUUUGAAAAAAAGAGGCCAGAUGUCUUACCCAUGCCAACCUUUGCAGCCUGGGAGGCGGCUUCCAAGCUCCAUUCUUUCCACCAAAGCCAGCAGCAUUACAGCACCCUGCAUAGGGUGGUGGAGGAUGGCCUGGACCUUGGCCCCGAGGAUGAUGAGACCACAAUGGUGCUUGUGGGUACUGCCCACAGCGUGUAGCGCAUCCACGGCCGCGGACUCGUGGCGUUCAGCGGUACACUCAUUCUGACAUUUUUGCUGCAUCACUAGCGACCACUGUGUCUCUGUGUUUUCUGGUAUUUCCUUGAGGACAAGAACCCGAAGGGAAGAGAUUUGCAGCUCCCAAGGGCAGGCAGUGUCUGGAUGUGCUGAAAUGGAUGCAGAGUGUGUGGUCAAGGAUGGUGAGGAAGGUGCUCUUCCACUGAUGUGGCUUGGGGUUCAGUGGCUUCAGGUUCUUCUG